CACCGUCUGACACCCUAGGAAAUUCCAACCUGUUGUAAAGAAUGGAAAGUGGGUCAUGGCAAUGAACGAACCCGAUGGCAAGUGGAGUCGCCGAAACAAACUGGGAGCGGCUCCAUUUAACAAAAAGGCGAGAGAAGCUCUGGUGGAGCAUUUGAGUGUGAUGAACCCCAAAAGGAGACUGUCGGACGUCAAUGCGUAUGCAGGCCAGAAGCUCGACGAGCUGUACCACAACAAAAUGCCGGAGUUUCGAGCUCCUUUCUACACACUUGAAACGGCACCGUCUCGUAGCACUGACUGCCGCAUGCCGCAACCUCUGUCGGGUGGUCAGCAUCCGGGAGGCGGUGGAGGAGGAGACGAAGGAGACGGUGGAGGUGACGGAGGAGACGGCUCAGGAUCUCAUGGAGGAGAUGACGGAGGAGACGUCUCAGGAUCUCAUGGAGGAGGUGACGGAGGAGACGGCUCAGGAUCUGUUGGAGGAGGUGAGGGAGGAGACGGCUCACGAUCUCCCGGAAAGGGGUCAGGCGAAAAGGGGUCGGGCGGCAAGGGGUCGGGUGGAAAGGAGUCGGGCGGAAUGGGGUCCGGUGGGAAGGGGUCUGGCAGAAAGGGAUCGGGCAGAAAUCGUAGAGCGUUCGGGAGUCAUGAGUCUAGGGAAACUGAUAGCCAUUGCGUAGGGAAUCGAGACUCCGACAUGCGAGACGAGGUUGCCCUCAAGUCUUAUCAAGUGCGAGUAGAUUCGCACUUGUCUGCGAGGACUUUGUUUUCCAAUGUCGAGGAGAGUUCGUCUCAUCAUACGCAACCGACGUCUCCUCUGCACAACACCUUGCUCUUGCGCCUCUUGGAAAAGGGCGAACGUCUGCUGCAUACGGAAACAUGUGCUGAGCAGCAAAAUCAUUCCUUGGCAGGAAUUGCAUCUUCGUUUUGCCUGGAGGCCAGAAUGCCUGCAUUGCGAAGGAGCGAAAGUGCGAGUGUCAGUUCCCUCAGCUCCGGCAAGCGUCGCAAACUCCGAAUAAAAUCGGAGUUACUGACGGCAUCCUGCGGGCCUUCCGCCAGCCGUGCUCGCCGCAAAGUCCGAACAGAUUCGGAGUUAUUGAUGUCCCCCUGCAGGCCUUCCGUCAGCAGUGCUCCUCACGCUACAGUUCUGCAGAGCCAAGAAAAUGUGAGGUCCAACCCUCCGCAUCUUCAGUUGGGCACAGUGUUCCCCUGCUCACCGCCGUUCUCAUAUGUUGAGACUCAAGACUGGAAGUCUCGCAAAAUGCUGGAGGGCCUCGCUGCAGGAGUGUUGGAGACCGGGGGUAGCGAGUAUGAACGUCAUGCUUCGGAACGUGUAUCUGUCGACUUUGAGACCAAGAGUACAUCAGCUCCUGGGAAAGAGGAGCUCUCAUCGGGAGCGCAUGUUCAAGAGUACAGCAGCUCCAGGGAAAGAGGAGCUCUCACAGGAAGCGCAUGCUCUGCAGCUAGAAGAGGAGACUCAACAGUGGACGACUCUCAAAGUGUUGAAGGGGCUCGAUGCAGGAGUGUUGGGACCGGGGCUAGUGAGCGUGAAUGUCAAGCUUCAGAGGGUGCGUCCAUCGAUUUGGAGAGCAAGAGUACAACAAGUCUAGGGGUAGAGGAGCUCUCACAAGAAGCGCAUGCUCUGCAGCGGGAAGAGGACACUCAACACUGGCCGGCUCGCGAAGUGCUGAAGGGGGUCGAUGCAGGAGUGUUGGAGACUGGGGCUAGCGAGCAUGAACGUCAAGCUUCAGGGGGUGCGUCCGUCGACUCGGAGAGCAAGAGUACAGCAACUCCAGGGGAAGAGGAGCUCUCACAAGAAGCGCAUGCUCUGCAGCGGGAGGAGGAGACUCAACACUGGCCGGCUCGCGAAGUGCUGAAGGGGCUCGACGCAAGAGUGCUGGUGACCGGGACAUAUGAAGAGGUUCUGCACAGUCGGUCGGUUGUGGCGACGAUGCAAGAGGGUGACGUUAAGGGAGGCGAAGAACUCGUGGUGGAAGGAGGUGAGGUGGCAGUCGACGUCCAGAUGGAUCCAGCGCGGAAAGAUCAUGAUUCUCCGUCCACCCGUUGCGGUGAAGAAGAAGGUGAUCGAGCGUCUGUCCUCAGUACCGGUCGGGAAAUGGUACUUCAUGAAGCCAUCGAGUUGGGUAGCGAAUCAACUGCCACCGAGCUGGUUAGCGACUCAACCGUGGCCGAGGUGCAGAACGUCGAAUCCUCCGUGGACAUAGGCACAGUGGCGCGACAAGAGGGCGAUUUACCUUGAAGGGCUCCCGAGCAGUGCCACGGUGUUAGAUUGUCAAUGUCCCUGCCUAUUAAACCUUCCAAAACCAUGCG